UGACAGUGAUUUUAGUCGUCAUGCACUCAGCGGCAGUGACAAGCGAAGUGUUUAAGGGUCUUUGUCGACAUGCAUGUGCUGCUUCUCAAGGAGCCAAGAGAUGGGGACUCUGGACCUGAUCCCUACAUUAAGGAGCUGGCAUCGCAUGGACACAAAGCAACCCUUAUUCCUGUGCUGUCGUUUAAGUUUGUCUCAUUAAACACCUUGUCGGAUAAACUUUUCCAGCCGGAAAAACAUGGAGGUCUUAUAUUUACCAGUCCGAGAGCAGUGGAGGCUGUGAAGAUGUGCUUGGAAGCUGAAGAAAGGAGGGAAGAAUGGGACAGCUCCGUGAAAGACAAGUGGAACACCAAAUCCAUUUAUGUGGUUGGGAAGGCAACUGCUGCAUUAGUACGGAGUCUGGGUCUGAACCCUCUAGGCGAGGACACUGGGACAGCGGAGGUCCUGUCACGUGUUAUCAUUGAACGAGAGGACACAAAUAUCCCACCAUUCUUUUUCCCCUGUGGCUCGAUCAAAAGAGAAGUUUUGCCCACGGCUUUAAGGGACAAUGGAGUGCCCCUGGAGACUCUGACUGUCUAUCAAACAGCUGAACAUCCAGAUCUGGAGAAAAAUCUGAAGAACUAUUUCACAGAGCAGGGCAUCCCAGCCAGCAUAGCCUUCUUCAGUCCUUCAGGAGUAAAGUUUUGCCUGGAUGUGGUUCGGAGGCUGUCAGGUGAACAGCUGACUCAGAUAAAGUUUGCCGCCAUCGGGCCAACUACACAAGACGCCAUGACAGCAGAGGGUCUGUGCGUCAGCUGUGCUGCACAAAAGCCAACAGCCGAACACCUGGCAGCAGCGAUAGCCAAAGCGCUACAGUAACCACCCACAGGCUGUGAAAUCCAUCCUCUCUGUCUGCUCUGUUUGUAUAUUCUACAUUAUUUAUAUGUAUUGUCAUUUGUUUCUUUUACUUUACUGCUCUCAUUACUUGUUUUGUAUGUAAAACAGCUAAUUUGCACUGAGGGAAAAAAAAUGCUUUAUGUGCCGGAAAGGCCUCAAUAAUGGAAGUGAACAGAGUGACAAUUGUAUUUAUGUUAAGCUUGCUCAAGAAAGUUGUUGUAGUGUAUGUUUUUGAAAAUAAACUUGAGUCAGAGUGAUGA